AUGUGCUUGCCGUGGUGCAGCCUGCCUGGAAGUGCUUUUCCUACAAUUCGACAUGAUGUUAGAGGGGAGAGAGACUCUGGAAAGGGCAUUGUCGAUGGCUUGGCUAUUCGUCCUUCCAGACAGAGACAUCGCCUGCCUCUCCGGUGGCCAGAGGAGCAGGAUGAAGCCAUCAUGGUCAGCACUGCUCAUCACCAUGAACACACGGAUAUUGUGGAUGGAAGUGACCUGAAGCAAUUUUUUGAGAACAAUUAUUCUCAAAUUUAUUUCAUAUUCUAUGAAAAUUUCAUAACACUGGAGAAUAGCUUGAAACAAAAAGGGAAUAAAUCACAAAGGGAGGAGCUGGACUCCAUUCUUUUUCUUUUUGAAAAAAUAUUGCAGCUACUACCUGAGAGGAUUUUUUGUCGAUGGCAUUUUCGCAGUAUAGGGUCGAUUCUGAAGAAACUUUUGCACACUGGAAAUUCUCUCAAGAUAAGAUGUGAAGGAAUCCGACUGUUUCUUCUCUGGCUUCAAGCGCUUCAGACUAACUGUGCAGAAGAGCAGAUAUUAAUAUUUGCAUGCCUUGUGCCUGGCUUUCCACCCUUUAUGUCCUCACGAGGUCCCUGUACACUAGAUAACCUCAUUAGUCCUCCUAAUUCGCCAGACGCUAAGAUUUUUCCAGAAGAAAUAACGCCACUUUUGCCAACUGUCUCUGGAGAGAAAAUUGCUGAAGACCAAACCUGCUAUUUUCUUCAGCUACUGUUAAAAUAUAUGGUAAUUCAGGCUGCAAGCUUAGAGUGGAAGAAUAAAGAGAACCAAGACACUGGUUUUAAGUUUCUCUUUACCUUGUUUAGAAAAUACUAUCUUCCUCACUUGUUUCCAUCUUUUACAAAGUUAACCAACCUCUACAAACCCGUUCUUGAUAUUCCUGAUACAAGACCAAGACCAGUAUACAUUACUGCAACACGAAACAAUGAAAGUGUCUAUAGCACAAAAAUCCCAUAUAUGGCAGCUCGAGUUGUUUUUAUUAAGUGGCUUGUUACCUUCUUUCUUGAAAAGAAAUAUUUAACUGCUGUUCAGAAUACAAAAAAUGGAGGAGAAAUGCUCCCUAAAAUUAUUCAGACUGUUGGUGGUGUAAAUCAGGAUAAAAAUGCAGAGCUGGAAACCAGUAUGUCUUAUGCAAAUGAACAGGAGAGAAGCCAUUCUAACAGCAGCACCUUGUCUGACAGAAGGCUCAGCAAUUCCAGCCUCUGCAGCAUCGAAGAGCAGCACCGGGCAGUCUAUGAGAUGGUGCAGAGAAUUCUCUUAUCCACUCGAGGAUAUGUUAACUUUGUUAAUGAGGUGUUUCGACAAGCUUUUUUAUUGCCACCUUCUGAUAUAUCUGCAACACGAAAAGUGGUUAAGGUAUAUCGAAAGUGGAUAUUGCAAGAGAAACCUGUGUUCAUGGAGGAGCCAGACAAAAAGGAAGACAGUCAGCAUGCUGUGGUCAAUUUAGAGGAUUCUUCAGUGCAAACGGAUGGUAAACAUCUUUCCUCUGACCAUUCAGGACAUAAGCGCUCAUCCAGCUGGGGAAGAACUUACUCCUUUACCAGUGCUGUUAACAGAGGAUGUAUAUUAGAAGAUGAGGACAAAAAUGUUAAAGCUGGUGCUCAAGCUGCAUUACAGGUGUUCUUGACAAACUCUGCAAAUGUUUUCUUAUUGGAACCGUGCAUUGAAGUCCCCGUGCUUCUGAAGGAGCAAGUUGAUGCUUGCAAAGCGGUUCUGAGUAUCUUUAGGCGCAUGAUAAUGGAACUAUCAAUGAAUAAAAAGACAUGGGAACAGAUGCUACAGAUACUCCUUAGAAUUACAGAAGCUGUGAUGCAGAAGCCGAAAGAAAACCAAAUAAAGGAUACGUUCGCUCAAAGCAUGUCAGGAUUACUUUUCCGAACCCUCAUUGUGGCUUGGAUCAGAGCAAACCUUAGCGUUUACAUUUCUCGGGAGCUGUGGGAUGAGCUGCUCAGCGUUCUGUCUGCCCUGACAGACUGGGAGGAGCUCAUAAAUGAGUGGGCCAAUAUCAUGGACUCUCUAACAGCGGUGCUAGCAAGAACUGUGUACGGGGUGGAAAUGACAAACUUACCCUUGGAUAAGCUCAGUGAACAAAAAGAAAAAAAGCAGAGAGGAAAAGGUGGCAUUUUGGAGCCUCAGAAGACAGCUGUAGUGGGAAGAUCUUUUUCAUUAAGCUGGAAAAGUCAUCCUGAAGUUGUGGAGCCAAUGAGGUUUAGAAGUGCUACAACCUCUGGAGCCCCAGGAGUUGAGAAAGCAAGAAAUAUUGUUCGGCAAAGAGCCACAGCUAAGCGAAGCCAGUCUAUCAGCAACUGUGUUCAUCUUUAUGAGGCUUUGCCAGCUACUAAAAGUGUACCUCUUCUGCUUCACACUGUGAGCUCUCUCUUACCUGGUAUCUCUUACACUUCUUGCUCUCACAGACUGUCAGAAGUUGAAGAAUCUCAACAGCUGGAAAAUUCAUCAGGAACAGAAGCUACGGGCCUCUUCGCAGACCAAGAGCAGCAACUAACUCGAAGCAGCAGCACUUCAGAUAUUACAGAUCAGUUUCCAUCUGAUUUUUUUCCAGGUAAAAAGGCUGGAAGUUCUCAUAAUUUAAGUUCUUCAGACUCCAAAUCAGUUCAUGAAAUUAAGGGAUAUACAAAGAAGGAACGUGAAGCUGAACAAGUACUAGUACGAAGAAGCAGUAGUACAGCUGAAUUAGAUUUGAAAGCAGACUUGCAGCAAUCACAUGGAAAUUAUAGAGAGAGAGAAAAAAGUGAAAGCGUUAGCAGUGACACAUCCAUUGGCUAUAAUAACGAAGUAGAGAUAGCACUUAUCCCCUGGCAAACUUCUGAAGACGACCAUGAAGUUAAUGCAUCAGCAGAUGUUUGUGUGGAUCCUGAUGCACCUCGCUGGCUUCAGCUUAGUCCUUCAGAUACUGCAAAUUUAACAGACAGUAGUGAAUUCCUUGCUGAUGACUGCAGUAUAAUUGCCGGUGGAAGCCUGAUUGGUUGGCAUCCUGAUUCUGCUGCUGUGUUGUGGAGGAGGAUCUUGGGAAUUCUUGGAGAUGUGAACAAUAUACAAUCACCAAAAAUCCAUGCAAAAGUUUUUGGGUAUCUUUAUGAGUUGUGGUAUAAACUUGCAAAGAUACGGGACAACCUUGCUAUAAGUGUGGACAAUCAGUCUACUCCCUCUCCUCCUGUCUUAAUUCCACCUCUCAGAAUAUUUGCAUCAUGGUUGUUCAAAGCAACCACCCUGCCAAAUGAAUAUAAGGAAGGCAAACUUCAGGCAUACAGGCUGAUCUGUGCUAUGAUGACUAGGCGUCAAGACGUUCUGCCAAAUUCUGAUUUCCUGGUUCAUUUUUAUUUUGUGAUGCACCUUGGCUUAACAAGUGAAGAUCAGGAUAUCUUAAAUACUGUAAUAAAGCACUGCCCACCUUGGUUUUUCUUCCUGGGCUUACCUGGCUUUACGAUGCUGAUAGGAGACUUCAUUACUGCAGCGGCCAGGGUUCUGAGCACAGACAUGCUGGAGGCUCCCCGUUCAGAAGCUCACACCAUCCUUGGUUCUCUUGUUUGCUUUCCAAAUAUCUACCAAGAAAUCCCACUGUUGCGGCCCAUUUCAGAAGCCGGUGAGAUCAUCGCGGGAACUGCAGAUGUGAAGUGUUACCUCAUAAAUAUUUUAUUGAAGAAUGCUACAGAGGAACCAAAUGAAGCUGCAAGAUGCAUAGCCAUUUGUGGCCUUGGAGUUUGGAUAUGUGAAGAACUAAUGCAGUGUACGAACCAUCCCCAGGUGAAGGAAGCAAUCAAUGUCAUAGGUGUGACACUGAAGUUUUCUAAUAAACUGGUAGCUCAGGUAGCCUGUGAUGUUCUUCAGCUGCUGGUUUCUUACUGGCAAAAGCUUCAGAAGUACGAAUCCUCUCUAUCCAGAAAAAUUACUGAAAUCCUUGUGGCCACUAUUGCAUUUCUUUUGCCAAGUGCUGAAUACUCCUCUGUGGAGGCAGAUAAAAAGUUUAUAGUUUCACUGCUACUUUGCUUGUUGGAUUGGUGUAUGGCAUUACCCAUGAAAAUGCUACUGGAGCCAGUGCCUGCUGGUGGUCUUGAAGAUCAACAUGCAUCCAAAGCUCCUUUACUGGACUAUAUUUACAGAGUUCUGCACUGUUGUGUGAAUGGCUCCAGCACAUAUACUCAACAAAGCCAUUACGUGCUGAGUCUGGCAGAUCUGUCGUCCAGUGAUUAUGACCCAUUUUUGCCACUGGGGAAUGUCAAGAGCUCUGAGCCAGCCCAGUGCCACUCCUCCAUGGAUCUGGGCAACCUGCUCACUGUUGCUGAGGAAAAAAGGAGGAGGAAUUUAGAAUUGAUACCUUUAACAGCGCGGAUGGUUAUGACUCACUUGGUGAAUCACCUGAGCCACUACCCCCUCAGUGGAGGCCCUGCCAUUCUCCACAGUCUCCUCAGUGAGAACCACGACAACUCCUAUGUGGAGUCCUCCGAGCUGUCCUCGGAAGUAUUCCGGAGUCCCAACCUGCAGCUCUUUGUGUUUAAUGACAGUACUCUCAUAUCUUACCUCCAAAUCCCUGCAGAGAAGACGACAGACACUGAGCCAGCAGCACCCCCCUCAGAUGUAAGGGUAAUUGUCAGGGAUAUCUCAGGGAAGUACUCUUGGGAUGGUAGAAUAUUGUAUGGACCUUUGGAGGGCUGUCUUCCACGGCAGAGCACAGCAAAUGCAUUUGUGAUCUCAGGCAACACUGAGCACCAUGUCAUUUCCCAGAAGGACAUUUCUCAGGUGGAAGAAGGAGAAGAUGCUCUUGACCAAUUGCUGGAAAAGAUUGGUAACACCAGUCCUGAAUGCCUUUUACAUCCGCAGCGAAAGCUGAAUGAGCCAUCACCCCCACCCUUUGGUAUGAGCUACGAUCAAGAAAAUGCGAUCACUGAAGCCCUGAUGAGGCAGAGUGCUCAUGAAAAAGAGCAUAUAUUUAAAUGCAGCUCAGACUUCAAUAUGAAGGUGGCCCGUCAAGAAGAACCACGUCCUGCUGAACCUCAAGCAUCUUUUUAUUUCUGUCGACUGUUGCUAAAUGACCUGGGAAUGAACUCCUGGGAUAGAAGAAAAAGCUUUCAUCUUCUUAAGAAAAAUUCAAAAUUACUGCGAGAACUGAAAAAUCUGGAUUCCCGCCAAUGCCGUGAAACUCACAAGAUUGCAGUGUUUUACAUUGCGGAAGGACAGGAGGACAAAUGUUCAAUACUGUCCAAUGCAAGGGGAAGCCAGGCGUACGAAGAUUUUGUUGCUGGACUGGGCUGGGAGGUUGAUCUUUCAACACAUGGUGGUUUUAUGGGCGGCCUGCAGCGCAAUGGCAGCACAGGGCAAACGGCACCUUAUUAUGCCACCUCUACUGUGGAAAUAAUUUUUCAUGUGUCUACAAGAAUGCCAUCAGAUUCAGAUGAUUCACUGACCAAAAAGCUUCGUCACUUGGGAAAUGAUGAGGUUCACAUCGUCUGGUCUGAACACACCAGGAACUACCGCAGAGGCAUUAUACCAACAGAUUUUGGAGAUGUUUUAAUUGUUAUUUAUCCAAUGAAGAAUCACAUGUUUUUCAUAGAGAUAAUGAAGAAACCAGAGGUGCCAUUUUUUGGUCCUCUCUUCGAUGGAGCAAUCGUGACUUCAAAGCUGCUGCCAAGCCUCAUAUGUGCCACGUGCAUCAAUGCCAGCAGAGCCGUCAAGUCGCUCAUCCCACUCUACCAGAGCUUUUAUGAGGAAAGAGCUCUGUAUCUCGAAGCAAUAAUCCAGAACCAUAAAGAAGUAAUGACAUUUGAGGAUUUUGCUGCUCAGGUCUUUUCUCCCUCUCCCAGCUACUCCCUCGGUGGAACUGGCUGCCUCACCACAAGUGCAAGCGCUGACCUUACUGUCGCCAUAGGAAUAGAGCUAGACCAGACCUCGCCCACGUUACCACGUGCCUCGAAGAGCAGAGUCUCGGGGAAGCUUCGCCGCUCCGCCAGCGCUCUCAGCAAGUCUUCCAACUGAGGUGCUGCAGGAGCAGAACUCUGGCCACGGGAACCCAAGAGACCCUAAAAUAGAUAAAUUAUUUACUGCCUCUCUAGAACUUGCAGUUUUGGGUGAACACGUGUUGAAGGGGAUGGGCAAGGGGUUUGCUCAGUAGAACUUCAGCUGUUGUAUUGAGACGUGCCCGAUGAUCAGACACCAUCUGCUUUAUCAUCACGCGUUUCACUCGGUCGUUUCGUCACAAAGAGGCCGAAGGCGGUGGGACUUCUCACUGCUGGCGUGGCACCGGGCUGACAGCAGCAUGCGCUUCUCUCCCAGCACCUGGUGCCACAGCAAGAGGACAUGAACCAGUACUGAAACCAGUUAUUUAAUGUAACAUUAGAGCAUUGCUUUUAGUCGUUCCGGUCAACACUUAAUUGUGUACUAGGGAAUUUUGUCUAAAUAGAGGUUUUCAUAGGACUAGCCACAUAAUGAAUGUUCCCCUCCUCUGGAGCACAGGUCAGUGAUGGAGUGGGUUUCCAGUAUGUGUCAACCUCUGCUCCCCUUCUGCUGUCCGUGGCCAUCCAGCACCAGUUUUGUGCAUGUAGCUAAGCAUUAGCAAUCCUCAAAGAGGUCACUGACCUGCAGUUCAGGAGGGUACUGCCAGUUUCAUGGAGUGGCAGCACCUGGACCAAAACUGAUUGUGGUGUAGCUUGUUCUAGGCCAUAUAUCAUUACAUACAGCGUGAAAUCCUGAGGCUGAAGCUGCUCCAGCUGCCGCUGGGUCAUGCAGGUGCAGCAGAGCAGAGGACCCAGCACCUCCCCUCAGUGCCCACCCAACGUUUCCCAUAGCAGAGCUGCAAUUGCUGGGGCAGCCACAGCCAGUGCAGGCGUGAGGUAUUGGUUAGCAAAUGCUGCGCCCUCUGGGUUCAGCCACGUACCUUCGCGUCUUUGCAUUUAUUUUGGACAGAAACCCUCUUUCUCAGCACUGGCUUUGGGAUUGCUGUGUGGUUUGCAAUAGUGCACAUAAUGGCUGCAUACUGUCCGUUACUCACUAGAAAAAUAAAAAUAACCAAGUUCCUUUUUUGAAGAGCCAAGUGCUACACAUGUGCCGCGGCACCUCCUCACCACCGUUUGAAUGAUCGAGCAGUACACCUCUUAGGUAACCACUCACCUUGCCACAACAUCGGGGCAACACUCUGCAACCUGACACAUCUCUAGUUAGAACAAAAUAAACGUGAAGGCUUCUGAGGACAUGCAGUGUCCUCCAGGCACUUUCUGUAGUAAGCAAAUCUUGUAUUUUCGCUAGGAAAUGUAUUUCAGUCUACAUGUAUCAUAGCUUUCUAGGGAUGGUAACUUUUUAUAGUUAAAGAAACCUGUAUUAUAAAAACAAAAUGUGGGAGACACCCUGCAACCACUGGGCAUGAGCAAGGAAGGCCAGGCUGAAGGCAGAAAUCCGUCGAUGCUCCACCAUCGUGACGGGACUUGUGACACACUCCACACUGCCGCCCAGUGACUGCGGCUGGGGCCAGGGCUGGGCACCCCGCUUGGCCUCAGCUGCCCCAGCUCUCCCGUGCGCCAGCCUGAGGAGAGGAGAUGACUGUAAAGUGAAUAAUACUGUGUUAGCUUUCUUUUUUUGAUGUUUUGAACGUUGGUGUCUGCAAGUGUUGUGUCAGACCCCUCCAGCCCUCCUAACCGUCACCAGGUCUGGGUGUGUUGUUGCUUUUUGUUCUGGUUUUGUUUGUUUUGCUACUUGGCAUUCAAAUGCACCCCUCUGAACUUAAUGUGAUGUGGUUUAAGUGAAGGGAAUUUGGGUUCCGGUGAAGCAAAAUGCACCAUUGAGCCACUAUUUUUUUUUUUUGCACUUCUCCUUAGGUGUUAACGUGAACGUCUGUCUGCAUGUCGGCAUCCAGCCCUGUGGCCUCCCUCUAAAUACGCGACAGUAUUUUAUAAAUAUUGCCAGUAACACUGAGGUAGCUCCACACUUUAUUGUGGGCUCUGUGUCGCGGGUUCUUCGCCCCGAGGGUGCUGUCAGGCGCCCCGGCUGCCCAGGGCAGAUGCUGGAGCUGGUGGCACCAAGCAGGAGCCCAGCAUGGGCCACCAGCCCUCCUGCCAGGAAGGAGCCUCAGGUGUGAGGGGGUUUGACUGCCAUUUUGAUUUUCUGCCUCACGUCUUGGUUUUGCUUUCUACUGAUUGUGUGUUGGUAAAAGGAAAUUAGAAAAUAAAAUGUGUGUUUUAAUUUAUUUUAUUUUCAGGACUUGAUAGGUGAAGCUGUCUUGUUCUUAGCCAGUAAAUGGUCUGAAAUAAUUUCAAAGGCAUUCUUCUGAAAUAAGAGAAGACUUUUCUCGUUAGAGCAAUAUGCAUCUCUAAUUCAGGGAAGAAUUAAAACACCGAUGAAAAUAGUAUUUUACUGAUGUCAAAAAGCUAAAAAUAUUAAUUUGUAAAAAUUCAGCUGUGGUUUUGUACUAUGAACUGGAUAACAAAGCUGUUCUGUUACCCCUUACAAACCUAAUAAACCUUAGCUCACAACAAAA